UUGCACGUGAGUGGCUUUUCGGCAGGCAGCGGCGUGAUCGGCAAAGAACGUUGCCUUCUGCUCCGUUUGCAGUCGGUGCAUUUGAAGAUUUUAUCUUCUAUGUGCCUACCGAAGAGAGAAGGGAUUUCUAUGAGCCGUGAGACAGGCAUCAUAGUUUGUCACCCACACAUCUAUAGGGAUUGAAUACAGCCACUUGCAAACAUGCCAUCAGCCCAGCUUAAUUCCAGUACCAGCCGGAGGCUACAUUCUCUCUGCCGUCUGCUUCUUUCCAAGAAGAGAAGCUGGGAGGUGCCUGGUGGGUGGAAAGCAUAUUCCCAAGCUAAUAAGCCUGAUCCCAGUAAACAGGCAGGUAAAACGUCUCAUCUGAAAAACCGGGCGGAGAAACAGAAGCGGCAACGGGAGAGGAUGGAAUCCAUUGAAGUCAGGAUGGCGACAGGCCUGAAGAAAGAGCUUCCAAGGCAAACCAAGACCUUGGCUUUGAAAAGUGAAGUUCUGUAUGACAUCCCCACGGAAGCUGGAGAAAAGAAAGAUACCUCGGGGCCACUGCCUGCCUCCUAUAGCCCACGCUACAUUGAAGAUGCUUGGUAUGCUUGGUGGGUGAAGGAGGGAUUUUUUAAGCCGGAAUACCAGCAUCAGUUGCCCCAUCAGAAACCCGAAGUGUUCUCUCUCUCCAUCCCCCCGCCGAAUGUCACGGGGUCCCUGCACUUGGGUCAUGCUUUGACUGUAGCUAUUGAAGAUGCUGUGGUGCGGUGGAAGAGGAUGGAAGGCUGUCAAGUGCUGUGGGUUCCAGGUUCAGAUCAUGCUGGGAUUGCCACUCAGGCUGUGGUGGAAAGAAAAAUCUGGAAAGAACGGGGGGCCCUUCGCCAAGACCUGACACGAAAGGAAUUCCUGCAGGAAGUCUGGAACUGGAAAGAAGAGAAAGGGAAUGAAAUACUCCAGCAGCUGAAGGUGAUGGGAGCAUCGUUAGACUGGGACCGGGCCUGUUUCACCAUGGAUUCUGAUUUCAACCAAGCUGUGACUGAGGCCUUUGUGCGUCUACACGAGGAGGGUCUGAUCUAUCGGGACAGACAGCUGGUCAACUGGUCAUGUGCCUUGCGGUCCGCCAUUUCUGACAUUGAGGUGGAGAACAGGCAGCUUGAGGGAUGGACCGAGCUCUCUGUUCCAGGGGUCCCGGGCAAAGUGCCAUUCGGAGUCUUGGUGACGUUUGCUUACGAAGUAGAAGGGGAGGAAGGCGAGGAACUUCCUGUGGCCACGACCCGCCCAGAGACCAUGUUGGGGGACGUGGCUGUCGCUGUUCACCCAGAUGAUCUCCGAUACACGCACCUGCAUGGCAAGAGACUCCGCCACCCAUUCACUGGACAGCUCCUUCCUAUCAUUACUGAUCCCUCGGUGGAGCAGGACGUGGGCACAGGAGCUGUGAAGAUAACACCAGCACACAGCCGUAUUGACUACGAACUGGGGCGGAGGCAUGGCCUUCCUGUUGUUUCUGUCAUCGCGGAGGAUGGAACAAUGACCGCUGAGUGUGGGAAAUGGCUUCAGGGGGAGAACAGGUUCCUGGCCAGAGAGAAGGUGCUGGCUGCUUUGAAAGAGAGAGGCCUGUAUCGGGAUGUGAAGGAGCAUGCCAUGGUGCUCCCUCUUUGCAGCCGCUCUGGGGAUGUGGUUGAAAACCUCCUGAAGAGCCAGUGGUUUGUCCGAUGUGAAGCCAUGGCUCAUAGAGCAUUGGAGGCUGUGGAAUCCAGACAUUUGAAACUCAUUCCUGAAUUUCAUGAGAAGAAUUGGAGGACUUGGCUUUCAAAAAUCAGUGACUGGUGUAUCUCCCGCCAGCUGUGGUGGGGCCAUCAAAUUCCAGCCUAUCGAGUCACCAUUCCACAGUCACUUGAUACAGGGAAGGAGGGGAGUGAUGAAUUAUGGGUAGUGGGCAGGACAAAAGCAGAAGCUCGGGAAAAAGCAGCAGACAUGUUGGGAGAACCAGAAGAGGACCUGAAGCUUGUGAGAGAUGAGGAUGUCUUGGACACGUGGUUCUCAUCUGCUCUCUUCCCUUUCGCCUCACUGGGAUGGCCUCGUCAGACUGGAGACCUCCAGCAGUUCUACCCCAACAGCCUCUCGGAGACAGGAAGCGACCUUCUGUUCUUCUGGGUGGCCCGAAUGGUGAUGCUGGGAGAACAGCUAACUGGGAAACUACCUUUCUCUCAGGUUUUCCUUCACCCGAUGGUUCGUGAUGCUCAUGGGAGGAAGAUGAGUAAAUCUCUAGGGAAUGUGAUUGACCCCUUGGAUGUUAUUCAUGGGGCCUCUUUGCAGGACCUUCAAGAGAAGCUGCAAAAGAGCAACUUGGACCCAAGGGAGGUGGCCAUUGCUAUGGAAGGCCAGCAGCAAGAUUUUCCUGGAGGGAUCCCUGAGCUUGGCACUGAUGCUCUAAGGUUUGCCCUCUGCUCUUAUUCCACACAAGGUGAUGGCAUUAACUUGGAUGUGGCUGCAGUGGAGAAUGCCAGUCGUUUCUGCAACAAGGUCUUGAAUGCCAUGAAAUUCACGUUGGCAGCCCUGGGAGAAGGGUUCACCCCACUGACGCCAGAGGAGUUCUUCCCCAGUUCUCCCAUGGACCGGUGGAUCCUUAGCCGCCUCUAUCACACAGCGCAAGAAUGCACCCAGCGGUUUGAAAAAUUUGAGCUGCAUUUCGUCACCACCGCCGUCCAUAUUUUCUGGCUGCAUGAUUUCUGCAGUGUCUACAUGGAGUCCAUUAAACCCAUAUUAUCCAGUAGGGAUCCGGCUCGUCUCCUCUCGACCCGCCAGACCUUGUACAGCUGCACGGACUUGGCCCUGCGCCUCCUGUCUCCAUUCAUGCCCUACCUGACAGAGGAGUUGUGGCAGCGGCUUCCCAAGGUGGACACAGCAUCCCCUCCCAGCAUCUGUGUGGCAAGAUACCCCAACACCGAGUAUCUGGCUCACUGGAGUCAUCCUGAGGAAGAGGCAAACUUCCUGUUAGUACAGGAAAUCAUCAAAGCAGUGCGCUAUCUGAGGUCAAAAUACCAGCUUACCAAAGCUCGGCCAAUAACAUAUGUGGUCUGCCCAGAGUUGGCUGUUCGUGAGGUGUAUGAGAACUACCAGGAGCCAUUGCAGACUCUGUCUUUCGCUGGUUCUCUGAGAUUCUUCCUUGAUCCGGAGAAAGCAGAACUACCUGUGGGCUGCGUAGCCGCAAAGGCAAACAACCACACCGAUAUCUACGUAGAUCUUCAGGGACUGGUCGACCCUCAAAAGGAGCUCCUUAAACUGAGAUCUGAGCAACAGAAACUGGAGCAGCAGCUGACAGGCCUCACCAUAAGGGUUCAAGGGGCCAGAUACCAGGAGCAGGUCUCCCUGAAAGCCAAAGCACGCCUCCAGCAAAAGAUUUCCUCUCUACAUUUAGAGCUGGAACAGGUAAAACAGGCCACAGAAACCUUUCAAAAGAUGGCUGCGAGAUGAGGAUCAUCGGCCGAUGGAACUGAGUAACAGGACCUUGCAGCAUUUUUAUUACAGGACCUUAGGAAGCUGUGAGCUGACAAAUGACAUUGGGAAGGUUCAUGAAGUUAUGAGAGGCCAAUUUUUAAAUCUCGUUUCUGCGAUGGAGCUUGCUGGUGGGGCCUGCACACUGACUUGAUUUGGUCAGUAAGGAUCACAAACGACCGAAAAGUAUCAGUGCACUUGACAUACAUGAGAAGUCAUAGAGCUCCCGGGGAAGGACUGUUUCUCUCCAGUAAUAUUCCACACCAGUCUUUGCUGCUGCAGGCAUUGUGGCCUGUGCCAGAUGCAGCACCCUCAUCUGGCCUCUAAGGGUCACUGUUGUGCCACAGCAUAGUCAUAUGUUGUUUGUCCUCCUCUUUGGAUGUCACAUUCACACUAUUCUCCAUGCCGUGUGCCCUGACCAUCCCCUCAGGGUGCGUUCACAUGGAGAGCAUCACAGACAGUCUUUGCCAUCUGCAGAUAUGGUCCAAGCCACCUGCAGAAUCCCCAUAAUCCACAGGGGCUGGACAUAUCCUGCCGUGAUUGUAGCAGAAGCUUCAACAUUUCUGUGACCUCAUCCAGUUCAUGUACUGAGUUCUCCCCAUGGGUCUACUCUGUGGUCUACCAAGGCAGAAGGUUUUGAACAUCUGAACCAGUCUUAUGAAGAUUUAUUGCCUUGGUCGUUUUUGUUUUUUUUAAAGAAAGAAAAAGGCCCCCAGCCUAAAUUUGUUUUCUGG